AUGACUUUACCAAAGGAAACUCCAUCUAAAGAAGCUGCUGCUUCCUUAUCUCAAUUAGACAUUUCUUUAUCUUCUGAAAAAGAUUUGAACAAAAAAUUACAAGCUAUCAAAGAAGGUAACAAAGAAGCUAAUGAACAAUUAGAAUUGAGAUUAUCUCAACAAGCUGUUGAAUACAGAAAUUUCAUCCAUUCUCAUAAGGUUCACAGAAAACAUUUAAAAGAUCUGGAAAAGAAUGAAGUUUUACUAAAUAAAGAUAAAAAGAGAAAGAUUAUCUACCCAAUAUUAUACCCAGAUAUUUAUGAAGCUUAUAAGAGAGCUGAAGCUUCUUUCUGGACUGCCGAAGAAAUUGAUUUAUCAAAGGAUUUACAUGAUUGGAAUAAUAGAAUGACUCCAAAUGAAAGAUUUUUCAUCUCAAGAGUUUUGGCUUUCUUUGCUGCUUCUGAUGGUAUUGUCAAUGAAAACUUAGUGGAAAAUUUCUCUGUCGAAGUACAAGUUCCAGAAGCUAAGAUGUUCUACGGUUUCCAAAUUAUGAUUGAAAAUAUCCAUUCUGAAACCUAUUCUUUAUUGAUUGAUACAUAUAUUAAGGAUCCAAGAGAAUCUACUUUCUUAUUUAACGCUAUUGAAACUAUCCCACAAAUUAAAGAAAAGGCUAUCUGGGCUUUAAGAUGGAUUAAUGCUGAAGAUGCUACUUUUGCUGAAAGAUUAGUUGCCUUUGCUUCUAUUGAAGGUAUUUUCUUCUCUGGGUCAUUCGCUGCUAUUUUCUGGUUAAAGAAGAAGGGUUUAAUGCCAGGUUUAACUUUCUCAAAUGAAUUGAUUUGUAGAGAUGAAGGUUUACAUACUGAUUUUGCUUGUUUGUUAUUCUCUCACUUAGAAAACAAAAUUAAGCCAGAAAUUGUUGAAAAAAUUGUUACUGAAGCUGUUGAAAUUGAAAAGGGUUAUUUCAGAGAUGCUUUACCAGUUGCAUUAUUGGGUAUGAAUGCUGAUUUGAUGAACCAAUAUGUCGAAUUUGUUGCUGACAGAUUAUUGAUUGCCUUCGGUAAUCCAAAGGUUUACAAUGUUGAAAACCCAUUUGAUUUCAUGGAAAACAUUUCCUUAGCUGGUAAGACCAAUUUCUUUGAAAAGAGAGUCUCUGAUUAUCAAAAGGCUUCUGUUAUGGCUGUUUCUUCCAACAAAGAAACUGGUGGUGCCAUGGCUUUCGACGAUUCUUUCUAA